CAAAGCGGGGGUGGCGUGCGCGGUGCGGGCGCCUACCAUUUGCGCCCAUCCAUGACAGACGAGGGCUCCGGUCCAGGUGCAUGCACCGUCCCGCCCCUCCGCUCUCCACUUUCCUCUGCAACCGCGCCUCCCCUGCUACUACUGUACUACCCAAGCGAAGCCAAAGGCAGCCUUCACCUGUACGCGGCGCCCAAUCUAGUCCAACCCCUCCACCGGCGCCAGAUCGCGGAGGACCCUGCCGUCUCCCGCCCAUUCUCCGCAAAGGCCUACACGGUCAUGAGAUGCAAGCACAUUUGAUUUUCUAUAAGUUCAUCGAGCACUAAUGUUAACUGAAGUAUUUUCCUCAAUGGAGGCUGAAGCUGAUUUUGAUGUUGAAGAUUCCAGAUCAAACAAUGAACUGCAGGAGUUGUGGCCAGUUGGUGAGAUAGACCCAAAGAGAGGGCGAUUCCCAUGUUGCAUUGUCUGGACUCCUCUUCCUAUAGUUUCAUGGCUUGCUCCUUACAUAGGGCAUGUUGGAAUCUGUCAGGAGGAUGGAUCUGUCCUGGAUUUUGCUGGUUCAAAUUUAGUGAGCAUGGAUAAUUUUGCAUAUGGUUCUGUCUCUAGAUACCUCCAGCUGGACAGAAAUAAGUGCUGCUUUCCUGCUAAUCUGGCGGCACAUGUAUGCGAGUGGCCGUACAAACACACAGAAGUUGGAACAGCAACAUCAUGGGAUGGAGCCCUGCAACUGGGCACGAGACAUUUCCAGCACAAAUACUACAACCUGUUCACCUGCAACUGCUACUCAUUCGUGGCGAACUGCCUGAACCGGCUUGCCCACGGUGGUUCGGCGGAGUGGAAUGUUUUGAACGUGGCAGCUCUUGUUUGGCUGCACGGCGAGUGGGUGGACAAAAUGUCUAUCGUUCGGUCAUUCGCGCCAUUCGUAACUGUGACGUGCAUUGGUAUUUUUAUGGCCGGCUGGUCUUUCCUAAUAGGGAUAUUGGCAUUCUGUUUGCUUCUGAUAGGGUGGUUUGUCUUUGCUGUAUACUGCACGAAAGGUUUGGUGUGCUGAUAUUACAUUGCGACUGAACCUGGUGAGGAAUUGUGGAAAUAAUCUGUCUGGGACCAUUCAUCCAUGCUCGUGAUUAUUCGUCUGAAACUUAUCAAAGCACUGCACCUGCUAAGGCCUCCUUUGGUGUGUAGGAUAUGAACACUACAGAAAUGGGAAAGCUGUAGAAAGUGAGAUGGCAUGUAUCUCAAAUUCUAUGAAUAGAAAUAUAAAAAGAGAUGUCAUUUGGUCCA